CCACAACAACAACGGCACCACCACAACCCCGCUUCCGGGUCUUCCCCGGAACUGACGUUUCUAUAGCGCCGGUUUCCGGCGCCGGGCGGCCCCGCGGCGGCGGCGGCAGCGCUGUGGGGGCCGGCUAACCGGUACCACGAUGAAAGAAGUAGAAAUAAGGAGGCUCUUUGCUGCCAACCUCCUCUGCGUGUUCUCGGUUAUUCUGACAGCGGUUGUUCCGGCUUUCCUCUGGGACGGAUUCACGGUCUUGGGAACACACCUCGCGUGGCUGUGUAUCUGUUCUGUUUGCGUCGGUACCGUUAAUGUAAUCUUGCACUUAGUCCUUAAGACAAAUCGUUCUCCUAAGAGAAGUUCGCUUGCUCAGAAGAUAUCCAGAUUUCUAAAAUGCUGUAUGUACUUUUUCAUGUCUUGCAUAGUAUUUCAUGCCAUUAUUGUUCUCUAUGGAGCACCUCUCCUAGGGUCAGUGACUGAGACGUUUUUGUUUUCAGUUCUCCUCUCUACCUUUACGACUUUACAAUGCUUGUGUAUGCUGGGACCAAACAUCCAAGCAUGGAUACGGGUAUUUAGUAAAAAUGGAGCUAUGUCCAUCUGGGAAAGCAGUUUGCAAAUUACUACUGUGUGCAGUAUACUUGGAGCUUGGUUUGGAGCAUUUCCUAUUCCUCUUGAUUGGGAUCGGCCUUGGCAGGUAUGGCCCAUUUCCUGUUCCUUCGGAGCUACCUUUGGCUAUGUGGCUGGUCUGAUUAUUGCACCUCUGUGGAUACACUGGAAUCGGAAGCAGCUUACAUACAAAAGCAGAUAACUGGAGCAAAGAGAGACAAGAUAUGGGCUUCUCUUUCAUGUCAUUCAGUCUUGCCAGAGUUUUUGGGUCAUCACGAAGAUCAAUCUAGCAAGGAAGGUAGCAGUCAUGUUGGGAUACUUUUCCUCAACAAAAGUCAGCAGGCUAUAUAAUACCCUCUUUUAGACGCAAAAGCAUUUAUUUAAUGGAGUAUUGUAUGUAUACAGAUGGAGUCAUGCAUGAUUCAGAUCAUGGACCCUUCCUGAUCCAAAAAGUCCUGAAAGUUUAAGCUGUGAACUACCACCUUUAAUCCAGAAGGAACAAAUGUAUAUUCUGUAAUUCAGCUCUUUGAUAAGAUGUGACCAUCUUGGAAUGCCAGAAGGUACAUCCAGCAGUGGCAGAAG